UUGGACUGGAUCAAAUGGCAUCACAGCCCAACAAGAACAUUUGCCACUGGUGGUAACGCAAAGAAAGGCUCUAAAGGUGGUGCUGCCGCAGAUGCUCCAAAGGCAUCCAUAUUGAGCAAAGAAGUUAAAUCCACUACAGUUGUUGUUGCCAAUAUCCUGAAGGAUGGGACGGACCCUGAAUAUCCUGAUUGGGCCUGGCACUUACUCGAUAAACGCCUAGCUCUUAGCGAGCUAAGAAGAAAAGACGUGGAAACUCUUCCAUAUGAGGAUCUCAAACGGUUUGUCAAGCUGGAUAAUCGAGCUAGGAUCAAGGAAAUCUCUCAAGGCAAAGAACAAAGAAAGAAUUCACGAGUAGUAGUCUUUGUUUCGAAAAUUGAUGCCUGUCGUAAUCAACUUGUUUUGUGGAGGCGAUCAAGUUAAGUUGUCAAGUUUGGUUAUAUUGUUGAAUUUUUAUCUUAUUCAACGAUUUAAUCU